GAUCAAUCUCUCUCCAGCGCUAUUGCCAGCUAGCUAGAUGGCGUCGAAUGCCAUGGACAUGGCCGAAGACCUCCCACAAGUAGAAGAAGGUCUCCCGGACGUUCUAGUCGCAUACGUCGCCGUGCACGGCCCACUUAUCCGCCAAAGCACUCUCGACUACCUACUAGAGCUAGGCACCGCGGUGAACGCGGCCGACAUCGCCGCACUCGUCGGCGUCGCGGGCGACGUCGACCCAGCGUUGGCGGCGGCGGUGGACAAGGCGCUGAAGACGGUGGACGCGCUGUCAGACGAUGACGGCCUCAACUGCCCGAUCUGCUUGGAGGACGACAUAGAGGCGUGGAAGUUGACGCCGUGCGGGCACCGGUUCCACGGGCGGUGCGUGGAGAGGUGGCUGCAUGCCAAGGGGAGCUGCCCCAUGUGCCGGCACCAGGUGGUGACGAUUCCUGCCGCUGAUGAUGAGUCGUACGUAUACAUAUCUCUCUCGACGGAACAUGGCCAGGAUGUUAGCGACUCCGGCGCCAUGGAAAUCGAUGCUGCUUCUUAGUCGACAAUGCUAGACUUAUGCAAAUUUCCUUGCGUCUGCGCUUUGGGAUAUGAUGUCGAUUACGAAGUGUAAUCACAGAAUUGUUCCAUCAUGUUAUGACAUGUUAAUUAUUUGGCAAAGAAAGUGUUCUAUCAUGUUCCA